CUUCCGUCACUCGGUAGUUUCGGUAGUUAAACCUCCGCGAGCGCGAAUCAAUCACGCGUCCGUCACUCGUCUCCCGCUCGCGCUCAAACGGAGCGCGUGACGUCACCGCGGCGAAGGGCUCCGGUUCUCAGGUGUAUCCCGGUCCUGUGUGUCUCUCCGGUGGUCGGUCGGUCUUCGGCUCGUACCGGGAAUAACGCGGCGGACCGCGCGUCUCAGCGACAUGGGAAAGACUCGAGCGCUGCUCCUGCUGUGCGCCGCUGUCGCUCUAUGCCACUGCAGGUCAGUGACGGUGUCCAGGGGCCCCCUGCUCCGGGUCGAGGGCCAGCCGCUGUCCAUUCGCUGCGAUGUAUCGGAGUACGAGGGCCCGAAGGAGCAGGACUUUGAAUGGACAGUAACACGAGGAACAGAAACCAUCAAAGUGAUCUCGACGUUUGAUGAUCGUUUCACAGACCGCUCUCUUCAGGACCGCAUUCAGAGCGGCGACAUCAGUCUGUCACGACUAGCGGAUAACACCGUUGAGCUGAGAAUCCAGGAGGCUCGAGUUAGUGACAGCGCCACCUACCACUGCAGUACUCCGAGCACAGACUCCGUCAUCAGUGGAAACUAUAACGCAGACGUCCAGCUGCAAGUUGUUCCCAACAGUCUGAUUGUGGCUCCCGAUGCCCCAAACCCUGUGGUUCGCGAGGGUGGAUCCAUCAGACUCCUGUGCAACGUCUCCCACAACUUCAUGGAGGUUUACCUGUCUCUUACCUGGUCAGUCAAGAAGGGCUCAUCUCUGCUAGAGGACCUGCUGACCUUUGGUCCAGAUUUGGGCGUGACGGUUGGCGAGGACUACACGCUGCGCUACACAGAUGGCGGGAUGCGGCUAGAAAUGGGAAACGGCGUCUCGCACAGUCUCGUGCUCUCCGGAGCGACGCCGGCUGAUCAGGGCAUGUAUGUGUGCACGGCCAGAUUGUGGACGAGAGAGCAGGGAGCCUGGAACCGCAUUCAGGAGAAGACCAUGGAGAUGGGAGAAGUGACUGUCACCCCUACAGCGAGCUCCCUCAGCGUCCAGGUUCAGGACGACAGCACAUUGUCCACCGGAGAGACGCUGCUCCUCACCUGCUCGGUUUCUGCCGAAGCCUCGGUGGAUCUGGAGGUGGCGUGGCUGAUGAACGGCACGCGGGUUCUGGCCUGUCUGAGUCGUGACGGCGUGCUGACCAACGCGUCUGAUGCGGUGGAUGUGAGGCGGCUGGGAAAGUGGGAUUUCCAGCUCAAGGUUCAUGGCGUGGAGCUGUCUGACGCGGGACUCUACGCAUGUAAAGCAAGUGCGUGGGUUCAGCGCGACGGUGGACGAUGGUACCGGGCCGCAGAGAAGAUUUCGGACCCUGUAGGCGUUCACGUUAUUAAGCAAAAUCCAGACUACGCUGUUGUUCUGAGCUCAUCUGUGAAUGCAAAGUUCUCUGGUGACCCGACGGAGCUGGAAUGCAAAGUCACGAAUGUGUCAAACCUUCGUAGCGGGCGGCUGGGAGUGUCGUGGCUGUACAGAGACGUUCAGCCCGGUGACGUCCCGGUAUCUACUCACACCAUCGCCUCACUGGAUGAGCACGGGAACCUUGUGCCAGGCAAGACGUACAAGAGCCGCAUGGAGGCGGGGCUUAUUACAGUGACACGAACAGAACCUUCUGUGUUCAAGCUCCGCCUCCUUCGCACGACGGACGCCGACGCCGGAGAAUACACGUGUGCUGUGACCGCAUGGGUAGCGUCUCGACAUGGAAACUGGAAAAAGGUUGCCGAGCAUGUGACCCCAGCGCUGAAAGUCAGCUUUGCUAACAAGCGUCCUGUUCUCAGUGUUGCGGCCCGGCGUCUCCGUGAAGCUUCGGCUGCCGGCUCCACGUUUGAGAUGAGCUGCCAGGCUCACAUCCAGAACCUCCCGCCGGGAACCGCCUUCUCCAUCCUCGUCUUGUCCGAGGAGGCUGUUGGGUCACCCAGCUGCAAACUGGCCUCUCUGGGCCCUGAGAUGGUUCUGCAGCUGGAGGAAGACCGGGAUCUGAUGCUGGUGAAGACCGGGAAGAGGGAGUUCCAGUUCCGGAUCCCGGCGGUGCAGGUGACCGAUCGCGGCUUUUACUGGUGUGAGAUGAAGGCCUGGACGAAGCAGCCCGGGGAAGACUGGGUUGAGAUGGCCAAGGGAGUGUCCAAUAAGGUUCAGAUCGAUUUCAUACACAAAGGUCCCACGUUUGAUGUGUCCAUCAGUUCAGACACAGCGAGUGUUUUCCCCUGGGAAACUGUGAAGAUGGAGUGUGACGUCAGUGUAAGCGGCACGUCUCCAACUACAGAUUAUGUAGCAUACGAGAUGAAGUGGUUUCUGAGUCGUCUGAGGGGCUCAAACAGCCCGUCCCUGCUAGCCAGUAUGGACCGCUGGGGCGUUGUGCACAAGGCUCCUCGCAACGACAGCAGCGACUGCAGCCUGGAGCGCCUGGGACCCAGAAAAUUCGCCCUGAACGUCCACAGCACACAGGACAGCGACGCGGGUGACUAUUACUGCACCACAAGACCCUGGAUCCGCUCGAUCGUCACCGGGGUCUGGAGCAAAGCGCCGGAGGUCUCCUCACAGAGAGUCUUCCUCAAUGUGAAGUUUGCAUUGUGGGACUCAAUGAAGUUGCCUUUGCUGUACGGCAUCUGUGCUUCAGUGACUGUAGGCGUCGUUUCUCUCGUCCUGGGCCUGGUCUGUGCUCACUGCUGCUGUAAAACCACUACACCUACUCCACGCUCUCGCAACAAACUCAUGGAGCUGGAGAUGGAUUGACAAAGACAGUACAGUUGUCCCCUGCCGAACUGGACGGCGUGGUGACAACUGCUGAACGCUGGGACGCAUCCCAUGAUGUUAUGCACCACCUGGAAGGAGAAACUACAAUCUCAGAGGAAAAAACUACUGAUUCAGAGUCAACGACCAGGGCGAAUUACUCAAAAAUUGCACUAACCACAUUCUUAUAUCAGCUGGGUGCACGUUUUGUUGGAUUUAUGAACGUUUCAUCAUUGAAACAAGAAGAGAUGCCUGACUAGAUCCAAGCAGGUUUUGAUAGAUUGAAGGAUUAUAUUACUCUACAUCAAGCUCCAAAGAGACCGUCUGCUUCCAGAUCAGGGUUUAAAGACACUCGUUUCUACCAUGAUUCUUCUGAGUUUGGUGCUACUCUCUUUUUGCAAGACAUGGGAGGAGCUGAACCCAUGUCACAAUGUGAAAGAUGAUGUUUUACUGUGAUUCUGUGUUGUAAUGUAUGUACCGUUCAGUUUUGUUCUCCAACCCAUCCAGAGUUUACCAGCUCUGACCAACCCAUCCCUCUAGAAGCUAACUAGUCAACCAUUAUCAACUGGUUGACUGUAAUCCGAUGGGCGGUCACACUAGAUUUCAAUAUAUGAUGUUUGAAAAAAUAGUUUUUUGAAUAAGUAGUAUUUUUUUUUAUAAAUAAUUAAGUUCUAAUGUUAAAAUAUAUCAUCAUCUCCUGUUUCCAAUGACAAUACUACCCAUGUAUUGGGUUAACAUAUCUGUUUAGCUAGCUAACAACACCCUAGAACAACCAUCCUUAACAACUGUUUAAAAACAUCCUAGGAAUUGAUCAGCAGUUCUGUAGCAAUAACUUUAAAAAUGUUACAACUAUCUAGCAACAUGGGGGCAGUCUCAAUACCACGACUGAGGUGAGACCCUUGAGCAAGGCACAGACCCCCCAACUGUUCCCCUGGCUGCCCACUGCUCCAGGUGUGUGUGUGUGUGUGUGUGUGUGUGUGUGUGUGUGUGUGUGUGCGUGUUUGUGUGUGUUCACUAAUGUGUGUCCACUUGGGUGGGUUAAAUGCAGAGCACAAAUUCCGAGUAUGGGUCACCAUACUUGGCCACACAUCACUUCACUUCACUUCACAUUAUAGGAAACACUUUGACCAUCAUAGCAACCAACCAAAGUACCAUGACAAUUGCAUAGAAACACAAGCGCAUCCUAGCAACAGCUUAAAAAUAACUUCAAAAAUUGUAACAACCACCCAGAACACCAUAGCAACUACACAGAAACACCCUAGCAACUGUCUACAACGAUCUACUUUUGCAAAGACCAAGAAUAGUCUAGAGAAACAGUCUAGAAACUACUUUGAACAUUGUAAAAACCACCUAGAACACCAAAGCAAUUGCAUGGAUACACCCUAGCAACUACCUACUAACAAUCUACUGUAGCAAAGACCAAGAGCAUCCUAGCAACUACAUAUAAAUGCCCUAGCAGCUACCUAAAACACUAACAAACACCAAGAGCAUCCUAGCAACUGCAUAGCAAUGCCCUAGCAACUACCAAAAACAAUCUGCUGUGGCAAAGACCAAGAAGAGCAUCCUAGCAACUACAUAGAAACACCCUAGCAACUACCUACAACAAUCUACUGUGACAAAGAUCUAGAACAGACAAGCAGCUGCAUAAAAUACCAUAGAAACUACCUACAUCACCCUUAACAUCAUAGCAACCACCCAAAACACCAAAGCAACUGCAUAGCAACUACCACAAUCUGCUGCAGCAAAGACAAAGAACAUCUUGGCAACAGCCUAGAAACUUUGAAUGUUGUUACAACCUACCAGAACAACAUAGCAACUGCAUAGAAACACCCCAGCAACUACAGCAUUCUGAGAGCCAGGAGAAUCCUAGAAACUACAUAGAAAUGCCCAAGCAACUACCUAAAACAAUCUGCUAUAGCAAAGACCAAGAGCAUCCUAACAAUUGCAUAGAAACGCCCUAUCAACUACCUAAAACGCAAACACCAAGGGCAUCCUAGCUACUGCUUAGAAACGCCCUAGGAACUACAUGAAACACAAACACCAAGAGCAUCCUAGAAACUGCAAGAAUAUCCCAACAAUUGUAUAGAAAUGUCCUAGCAACUGCCUACAACAAUCUACUGUAGCAAAGACCAAGAGGCAAGAGCAUCCUAGCAACUGCAUGGAAAUGCCCUGGCAACUACCUAAAAUACUAACAAACACCAAGAGCAUCCUAGAAACAGCCUAUAAACCACUUUGAACAUCUUAGCAACCAUCCAAAACACUGUGGCAAGUUAGCAACUGCAUAGAAACACUGUAGCACCUACCGACAACAAUCUACUUUAGCAAAGACCAAGAGCAUACUAGCAACUGCAUAGAAAUGCCCUAGCAAUUGUCUAAAUAACAAACACCAAAAGCAUCCGAGCAACAACUCAGAAACUACUUUAAAUAUUGUAACAACCACCCAGAUCACCUUAGCAACUGCAUAGAAACACCAUAGCAACUAACUACAACAAUCUACUGUAGCAAAGAAGACCAAGAACAGUCUAGAAACAGCCUAGAAACCACUUUGAACAUUGUAGCAACCACCCAGAACAACAUAACAACUGUAUAGAAACGCCCUGGCAACUACAACAUUCUGGGAACCAGGACAAUCCUAGCAACUGCAUAGAAACGCCCUAGCAACUACCCUCAACAAUAUACUGUAGCAUAGAUCAAGAACAUCCUAGAAACAGCCUAGAAACCACUUUGAACAUCAUAACAACUACCUACAACAAUCUACAGUAGCAAAGACCAAGAGCAUCCUAGCAACUGCAUAGAAAUGCCCUAGCAACUACCUAAAACACAAACAAACACCAGGAGCAUCCUAGCAACAGCUACAUUGUAGCAAUCAAUUAGAACAUCUUAGCAACUGUCUAGAUACGUCUUAGCACCACUUUGAACAUCAUAACCACCCAGAAUGCUAUGGAAACCACCUAAAAUGCCCUAGCAACACCAGAGCAAACCUAGUCUGCUUGUAAUGACCUUCAGCAUUUGUCAAGCUAACAUCAAAGGUUAUCUUUUCUCUUUUAGUCCAAGUUCAGAUUCUUGUAAACAUGUACUGAUGUGAAAGAGGUGAAUCAGUGGCAUUAAUGUCCCUAAUUGGUAAAUGUUUAUUUUGCAAACCCACCCAAUUUGAACUUUGGUCGAGAGAGAAAGAUGAAAGUCCUACGCCCAUUCUCACACACCCCGCGAUCACAUGAGUAUGAAUGAAAGCUAGUUUUUAGUGUGGCCGCCCCUCGAGCUGAUGAAAUAUCGACUCACUGACUCCUACAGACGGGUUAGUCUGAGUCACACGAAGGUCAGGGUUUGCUUAGGUUGAAUCUGUGCCUUGGGCCUGGUCUUGAAGCUCCGCUAACAGCUCGGCCCUCCGUUCUCCACCUCCAACGCUGCAUCACGGAACAAGUAGAGCUGAAACUCAAUGCUGUGCAUUAGGGCCAAGAGACCCCCAGAACAAGCACUUUCCUCUUCAGUGACGCCUCAAGGGCAUCGGCCGACCUUUUUCAGCUUUGUCUGCGUCUGAGGGUCUUUGUCUCCACUCCUGAAGCUAUCGGCUAACAGUGCUGGGACAAAAAAAAGCUCCUGUGAAUCUCCCACAUGGAAGAUAGUGGAUAUUCGCAGUGUUUGUGCUCAGCAAACAUUCUGGUGUGGAUUUGUUUUCAACCUCUUUUUCUCAGUAUUAAACUGCCAUUAAUUCAGACAAUUUAAACUUUAUUUUCUAGAUCUUUCCAGUCUUGAGAGUGCUUCUGAAUUUGGGUUUUGUAAAGUUUAUACUUUGUAAAAAAAAAAAAAUAAGAUUGAAGUUUGAAACUUUUCUUUUGACAUUGUUCACCAGUGAAAAUGACUGUUGAUGUCAAACUGAAUAGUAGUUGGUCUUUGUUAUUUUUUAAAUUUGCGUACUGAAUUAUGAUUGGUGUAAGAUUGUGUUAUUGACUGGUUUGUUGAGUGAAAAAUUGAGUUAUGUGGUUAACCAACUGAUUAAAGAGUGGUUACACUAGAUAAUAAGCAUGCAAAAUUAUUACAGAAAUAUUUUAGAAGGAAUAUGGGCAACAGGAUGUGAUGUCAUGGUCCAGUGCUUUUGUUUUUAAAAAUAAAUAAAUUAUAAAUAAUAUUAAUAAAUUUAAAAUGUUAUAAUAUCAUUUGCUUCAUCUUGCAUAUGUACAUAUUAAAUUGUUUUUAUUUCAUGCAUCUCUAUAUUAGGUUUUUUUUUUUUUAAAUAAGUGUCUUCUGCUCACCAAGGCAUUUAUUUGAUCAGAAAUAUUAUUAUAAUUUAAAAUAGCUGUUUUCUAUUUGAAUAUGUUAAAAUGUAAUUUAUCUCUGUGAUCAAAGCUGAAUUUUCAGCAUCAUUAUUCCAGUCUUCAGUGUCACAUGAUCCUUCAGAAAUCAUUCUAAUAUGCUGAUUUGCUGCUCAAGAAACAUUUCUGAUUAUUAUCAAUGUUGAAAACCAUUGUGCUGCCCAAUAUUUUUGUAAAAACCUUGAUACUUUUGCAGGAUUAGAAAAUAGAGACUUAAAAAAACAACAACAGCAUUUUUAAAAAAUAGAAACUGUUUUUAUGACAUAUCAUUAUGAAAACCUCAAUCAUACAUCAUUUGGACUGAAUUCUACAUGAUAGCGCCAUAUAUUUUUAUGCAUGUGUCAAAUACCUCCGUGGGGCUCAAAGGAAAUGACAGUAAAUGUUUUCUGCAUUGUUUUUGGUCUUUUUCCACUCUCUGGGAAACUCUUCUGCUGUAAUUGCUGCUGAUUGGCUGUGUGGGACUGGAAAGACGUUUGUCACUUGUGACGGGCAAUUUGUAGGCUGUGUGUUGCAGCAUGUUCCACUUUCCUCUUCUUUUUUUAGCUGCAGUCUGUCGCUCUUCUCGAAUUCACUCUCGCUUAUAUGUGUUAUUAUAUUUGCAUUUCUGCUCUUGAGGCAACCCUGAAGCUCAUUCAGAAACAUAUUCUCCUUCCAAAGCAUCACAGACACUCUGUACUGAUACAGCAAUUGGUAGUGCAAUGGUACUUUUAUGUGGUACGGAAUAUGAUAAUCAUAAUCAUGUGCCAUGGCAUUUUUAAAAACACUGUAGUAUUGUAUUGCUAGGUGAGUGUCACCUCAAAUAUUUGGCCUUGGCUGUUUUCAUUCGAUCUUUGUAAACGUCCUGGGAUGUGUGCGGUGGUUCCUGGUAUAAAGUUAUUAGCUCAUAAAUGCUGUUUCAUUUUCCAGUGUGGCCUCCAGUGCCCUGUAAAGUCCUGCAUCUCUCCGGGCCGAGUGGUAAAAUAAGGGAAGGAGUGUUAUGAGAACAUCUCUGUUCCUCAGUGUAAAUGUUAAAGCGCUUAGAGAGACAGAGGAAUCCUUUGGUGUCUCGUCAAUGUCAUGGCAACAAUGUAAACUGACCAGGGUGAGAAACUGUGGAGUGGAACGGA